GGGCUCGGUCCAGCCGGUGACAGCUCGCGCACUCAGUAGGUGCCUCUGCAGACGCCACGGUCCACUCCUCCAGUCCGGUCCGCCGCCUUCCAGCUCCGCCGGAACCUCACGGGCCCCGCUCCUCCGGUAGUACCCAGUUAUCCAGGAAUGAGAAAUGAUGGCCGGCUCUGCAGCAGAGGAGAAAACCUUCCGCCGGUUCCUGGAGCUCUUUAUCCGGGAGAUGAGGAUGCCCCUGCAGGAGAGCGACCCGGUUCCGAUGCGCCCCUUGUCGGACCUGGUGUCUGAGGACGAAGUGGAGGGAGAAUGUCUGGACCUGUGCGUCCAGCACCUCUACAAAUACAACUGUCCCUGCUCACUGGCCGCCGCCCUUGCCAGAGCCACAGCAGACAGCAUCCUUCAGACCGACCUCUCCAUCCACCACCUCAAUAAGACUGUAGAAGAUGGAGCUGACCCAUUACCACAAAUGGAGUCUGUGACGCUGGCCCGGUUGGUGUUUAACAGACUGUUUGAGACUUGCUGCCUCUGGCAAAAGGAGCUGCCUUUUCGCCGCCGUCCACAGCCGUACUACGAAACGUCCAUCCACGCCAUCAAGAACAUGAGGCGCAAGAUGGAGGACAAACAUGUCAUCAUCCCCGACUUCAACACGCUCUUCAACAUCCAGGAUCAAGAGGAACAGGCUUUCUUUGCAGUGUUCGAUGGUCACGGUGGUGUGGACGCUGCCAUUUAUGCAGCCAACCACCUCCACGUUAACUUAGUCCAUCAGGAAUGCUUCAGCCAGGACGCCAGUGAGGCGCUCUGCAGAGCCUUCAAGCUGACCGAUGAACGUUUUGUGAAAAAGGCCUCUAGAGAGCGCCUGCGCUGUGGAACAACGGGCGUGGUGACGUUCCUGCGGGGCCAGACAUUGUAUGUGGCCUGGCUGGGGGACUCCCAGGUCAUUCUGGUCAGGAGAGGGCAGGUGGUGGAGCUCAUGAAGCCGCAUAAACCAGACAGAGAGGAUGAGAAGCAGAGGAUCGAGGCUCUGGGAGGAUGUGUGAUCUGGUUCGGCACAUGGAGGGUCAACGGCAGCCUGUCUGUGUCCAGAGCUAUAGGUGAUUCGGAGCACAAACCCUACAUCUGUGGUGAUGCAGACCAUGGUAUUUUCCCAUUAGAUGGCUCAGAGGACUACCUGAUUCUGGCCUGCGAUGGCUUCUGGGACACAGUGAGUCCAGAUGAGGCAGUGCGGGUGGUCAGCGACCAUCUCCAGGAGAACACUGGAGACACCACCAUGGUGGCCCACAAGCUGGUGGCCUCGGCCCGAGACGCAGGCUCCAGUGAUAAUAUAACUGUCAUAGUGGUGUUCUUGCGGGACCCACGCUCUCCGAUGCCCACAAGCACAGAGGACGAGGAGGAGGGUGUGGUGGAGGGGCUAGUGGAGGAGGAGGAAGUAGCAGAGGUGGAGGAAGAGGAGCAGGAAGACGAAGAAGAAGAGGAUGAGGCUGUCAGGGUAGAGCGUGAUGGUGGCGAGGGAGGCAGCGCUGCAGACGUCGGGGGGAAGAGCCGUGGAGGCUGGCCCCUGCAGCAGUGCUCCGCUCCUGCAGACCUUGCUUACGAAGACCGAACUGACUCAUUCACGGACAGAACUAGCCUCGGUUUGCUGGGACCGUCACUGGAGGGUCGGAUCUCCCUGAUCCGAGGCUCACGGAAGCCCUGCUUCACCUUUAGCUCCGACCUCUCCACAGUUUCCCACAGCUACCGAGUAGAACGCCCUCUGAGACGCAGGUCAUGUAUCCCAUUUCAGGAGCCCAGCAUCUCUAGCUUUACGGACCCAUUGUGGCCACAAGCAGCCACGCUGUUGGGCCCAGCAGGAAAGCGAAGCCACAGGCGUGCUUCUACUAGCCGUCGAUGGGGCCGGAGGUGGUCGAGCAGAUCCACGGAGCUGCUAGGUCUGAUACCAUCUGACCACAUAGGGUGCUACUCCAACUGGAGGCCUGAGGUUGCGGUGCCUCACCUGCCUCAUGAUAAAAUCAUCUGA